GGCGUCGACGCAGCCACAGUCGACCCGCGCAACCCAAAAUCACUAUUUGAUAUUUACACAAACUAUGUAAAAUCAAUACCCUUUAACUCCCUGCCUCUUUUCUCCGGCGAAUGCGUCCAUCCCAGUCUGGAUUGCGACGUGCUGUGCAAGAAGCUAAUUACCGACCGCAUCGGUGGAGUUUGCUUUGAGCAUGCAGUCGUGCUAUGUCAUUUUCUACGCGAGCUGGGCUUCGACGUGGUCAUGAUGGGCGGCGAGGUGUGGCCGCCGCCCCCGCGUGACCUGGUGUGGACGCCACCCAACUCCCACGCCACCCUCCUCGUCACCUUCCCCGCCAAGCCCCCGGCAGCAGCCGCCAGCGAGGCUGUAGCAGUUGCCGCUGCCCGCAAGGCCGCCGCCGCCCUCGCCGCGGGCGAGGCCGCCGCUGCUACUGCUGCCAACGGCGCUGCCGCUGCUACAGCAGCCAGCGAGGCGGCGGCGGCCGCCGCUGCCAGCGGCGCCACCGAUGCUGCCGCCGCCGCUGCCAGGAAAGCCGCCGCCGCCGCUGCUGCCAGCGAGGCCGCGGCGGCUGCCGCUGCCAGAGAGGCUGCUGCUGCUGCUGCUGCUAGCGAGGCGGCUGCCGCUGCUGCUGCCGCUGCUGCUGCUGCCGCUGCAUCUGCCGGGGCUGCUGCUGCUGCUGCUACUGCCGGCUCGCAGCCGUCUGCCGCUGCGGCUGCCGCGGCUGGCGGCGAGCGCUAUGUGCUUGACAUGGGCUAUCCGCUGCGGCCGCUGCAGCCGCUGCUGCUGGCGGCGGGGACAGAGCAGUGGCAGGCGGACGGUCGGGGGUACCGACUGGAGUGGGACGAGCAGGGGUCGCCAGGCGCCUGGAGCCUGUACAUGUGCCUGCAGGGCAAGUGGGCGCGGCAGCACCGCUUUUGGGCGGACACGCCGCGCACCCCCUCCGACUUCGCGGGCCCCGCCGCCGGCCUCACCGCCAGCCCCGAGUCGCCGUGGGUGCGCGGGUUCGUGCUGGGAGCAUGCACACGCGACGGCGCACACGCGUCACUGGCAUACGGCGUGUGGGCGGGCUCCGGCGUGCCAGAGGGCCAGGUCAAGUACGUGGUGCGGAAACAGCAGCCGCGUCAGCAGCAGGGAGAGGGCGAGGGCCAGCAGGAGCUGGCAGUAGCAGCAGCAGCAGCAACAGCAGCAGCAGGCGGCACCGGCAGCAGCAGUAGCGGCAGUAGCGGCAGCCCUGCCCCCGGGGUUGGUGCCGCCGCCGCGGGGCCCCGCGACUCUGUAGUGCACACGGCGAUGCUACUGCCGCUGCAUUCGGAGGAGGUGGCUCGGCUGCUGCGGGAGGUGUUCCUCACCACGUACCAGCUACAGCCGCAGCCCCAGCUGCAACCGUAGCUACAGCCGCUGCCGAAGCCGCAGCGGCAGCUACAGCAGGCGCUGCAGAUUAAGCCGUAGGUAGAGACACAGGCACGCAGGGGGCGGCGUUUACGCCGGCGGCCGUGUCGGGUGCGGCAGUAGCGGCAGUAGCAACGGCAGUAGUACUUGCACUCCCAGUCACAGCCGCCGCCGCUGGCGGCGACUUGGAUUCAUUGAUGCUGUGGAGAUAGGGUGGAUGGUGCAGAUCCUAGUCAGGCUCAGUACUUCUGGAUGCGAUUGGGCUUGUGGCAGGCUGGCUAGCUAGCUGCCAGCUAGUGGUUUUGCGUGCGGCACUGCGGCGUGUGCAGGCACUGCGCUCAUCAUGCAUUAUUGUAGGCGGGGAGCGAGAGCGCGCGUGGAGAGUGUGAGUGCGAGCGAAUGGCUGCUGGCUUUGUAGGGUGUCACGCCUUUCCAUGGGCUGGUGUAACCCGCACGUGCCCCGCUAGUUGUGUCUUUGCUUGAGCUGUGGUCUGCUCAGGUCCCUUGCUCCGCGGACCAGCAGAACAGGCGGGUGACGGACAAUAUGCUCCGUCGGUAUAUUACAAUUCGCAGUCUGUAACGUGACUGCAGA